AUGGAGAGAUUUACUUUGUUGAAAACUAAAUGUGGAGUUAUCUGCAUGCUUUUUGUGAUCUUUCUUUGCUGCACUACUGGAAAAUGUGAACUCCAGGAACCAGAACCUACAAACUCAGUAAGCCUUGAAACUGUCAAACCUCUUCCAAAUGAAAUUGGGGAACCUCAGCCUUAUCCAGAGGAGGAGAAAGGCAAACUUCCUGUGUUUACAAUGGACUACAGUCGGAUCCAAAUCCCAUUUGAGUUUACCUUAUGGGUACUGCUGGCUUCUUUUUCCAAAAUUGGUUUCCACAUCUACCAAAAAAUCACCAUCUGGAUCCCAGAGUCAUGUCUUCUCAUUGGCAUCGGCCUCAUAGUUGGGGGCAUCAUGCACUCUGUGAAGGAGGAACCCCCCGCCGUUCUCUCCUCCGAUGUCUUCUUCCUCUACAUGCUCCCACCCAUUGUUUUGGAGAGCGGCUACUUCAUGCCCACAAAGCCAUUCUUUGAAAAUGUUGGCACGGUCUUGUGGUACGCUGUGGUGGGAACCUUGUGGAACAGCAUUGGCAUAGGCCUCUCUCUCUUUGCCAUCUGCCAGUUUGAAGUGUUUAACCUUCAAGACAUUUAUUUGCAGGAGAACUUGCUUUUUGCCUCAAUCAUCUCUGCUGUAGACCCUGUGGCAGCUCUAAACGUGUUUGAUGAUGUUGGAGUCAAUGAGCAAAUCUACAUAGUUAUUUUUGGAGAGGGUCUCUUCAAUGAUGCCGUGACAGUGGUCCUCUACAGCAUGUUUGCCUUUCUGGCCAACAUGCCACUCAUUGACUCUGUAGAUGUGUUCCUGGGAGUGGCCAGGUUUUUUGUGGUGGGAAUUGGAGGUGUCCUUUUCGGGCUCCUGUUUGGCUUCGUGGCGGCAUUCACCUCCCGCUUCACCAGCAGGGUGCGGGAGAUCGAGCCCCUGUUCGUCUUCAUGUUCAGCUACCUGGCCUAUCUGGUGGCAGAGCUGUUCGCCAUCUCCAGCGUCACGGCCAUCAUCACAUGCGCCAUAACGAUGAAGUACUACGUGGAGGAGAAUGUUUCUCAGAGAUCCUGCACCACCAUUCGCCACGUUGUCAAGAUGAUGGCAACCAUCUCCGAGACACUCAUCUUCUUCUUUUUGGGUGUGGUUACCAUAACAACUGUCCAUGAGUGGAACUGGGCCUUCAUCCUGUUCACGCUGCUCUUCGCCUUCCUGUGGAGAGGUCUCGGAAUUCUGGUGCUGACCCAGAUUGUUAACCCGUUCCGGACCAUUCAGUUCAGUUUAAAGGACCAGUUCGGCUUGGCCUACGGAGGCCUGAGAGGAGCAAUCUGCUUCGCUUUGGCCUUCACUCUAGGGGACACAAUUAAUAGAAGAGAACUGUUUGUCACAGCUUCGAUCGCCAUCAUCAUAUUCACAGUUUUCAUCCAGGGCAUCAGCAUCCGCCCCAUAGUUGAGUAUAUAAAGAUCAGAAGGACCAACAAAGAUCUUAAUACUAUCAACGUGGAGAUUCAUACCAGGACAAUGGAGCACCUUCUUUGUGGUAUUGAAGACUUGUGUGGACAGUGGAGUCACUACUAUUGGAAAGACAAGUUUAAAAGGUUCAACGAUCGCUUUUUGAGACGCAUCCUGCUGCGAGAACGGACAGCUGAGUCGAGUAUAGUGUCACUGUACAAGAAGCUGGAGCUUCAAAAUGCCAUCGAGCUGCUGGACACACCGAUGGGAGACAUCAGCGCAGCUCCAUCUCUUGUUUCCCUACAAGAUGAGAAGAAGGAGGCAUCUCGGCCAAAGAAGAAAUUCAAGGCUACUGACAUUAGGAAAAUGCAUGACAUCCUGUCUAAGAACAUGUACAGAAUUCGACAAAGGACCACGGCUUUCACCAGCAAAUACAAUCUACCAGAUGAGAGCCAAACCAGAGAGAUUCUGAUUCGCUGCCAUGCGAGCAUCCGACGCAGCCUCCGUGUUGAGAGUUUCCGUGAACAGCCAGCACAGAACAUCUCCAAGUCUCUGAGGUACUACUCCCUCCAACCUGGUGGUAAUCUGGAUUCUGCUUUUCCUCUCAGAAGACGAAGUCAUGUUAUUCCUGAGGUGGAUCGUUUGCGGUCAUCUGGUGUGUCUCCACGCUCCUCAUCCCGCUCUCUAAUUCCGAUGAGCAAACUGAAUACCAUUGAAGAAAGGAUAAGUCCAGUGGAGCCACCAGCUGUCUCCACACACCCUUUGGAUCCAUCUUCUACAGAAGACCACCUGGAUGAGAUUUUUACAGGCUCGAGUGUAAGAGGACGUAGAGCCCCAGUUCCUGCAGCGAGGAGACGUAGCUCAAAUUGGGUUGAUGAAGAUGAAGACGAGAUUGUCUCUGAAGGCCAAGGGGAGGAACAGCAUCUACCUCCUCGAGGCUGGGUCCCUGAAAACAGGGAUCUUGGAGCAAAUGAGGCUGGAAACUCAUUACUUAGACCGUCAUCAGUAAGAUCCCAAAGCUCAUGGAGAACAUAACAAACUGACCUUGUAUUUUGUACACAAAGAAGUUAUUUCUUUCUGAUGGAUGAGAAAUUUGAACCUAGAAAUAUGGAGUAGCAGGCUAAAACUUGUUUUACAGUCACCGUCCAAUAGAGUAUAAUGGUGUAUAAUGUUCACCAGGACAACAAUCCGUUAUAUUUGAAACCAUUGUUAUAUUUGAGGACUUAAUUUGCAUGUAUGUAUUUUUACGUUUAGACUGUCUUGAGUCAGCAGUGAUAAAAUAAAUGGA